UGGGACAUCAUUCAUUCCUGCUUUGCAAGAUAAAUCAUCAGGCGACUUCAAAGUCCUUGCCUUUGAUGUUGAACACUUGGGCCUCAAUGCCUUCUUGUAAUGAGGAGCACAAAACUGAAUACAUACUCAAGAUGUGGCCUUACCAGAGCUGAAUACAAAGGGACAAUCACCUCCCUGCUCCAGCUGACAACACUAUCUCAGAUACAAGCCAGAGUACCACUCGCCUUCUUGGCAACCUGGGCACACUGCUGUCUCAUGUUUAGACAAGUGUCGACCAACAUCCUCAGGUCCAUUAUAUUCUUUCUUUGUGAAAACCAGUGAAGCAUCAAAGAAAGUUUGCUGAUAUGAGAUUUCUCUUUUCUGUACAGAUACAAAAAAUCUUUCAAGCAAGUGAUCUGACAAAUAAAUUUGAGAGAUGUGAAAUUUUCCAGUUCAAGAACCCUGAAGAAGGUAAUGAAAUCUUGAAGACAUCUGAAACAGGUGUUGUUGUGAUCUUCGGCCUUUAUCUUACCCAGAGAAUAACAGCUGAGAUAAUAAAAAAUGAGUUACUUUCAGGUAUCAACGCAAAUGCAACUGAUCUUUCUCAGACCUUGAAAAUUGAUGUGAACAGCAUACAAAUCACAGUGGUUGCUGAAAAUCCUACUACUACAAUGCUGCCUUUAACUUCAUCAGGUUCAGAACAAUUCACAACAAGCAAGGCUGCAACAACUUCAGUUGAGUGCUCGUUGCCUGCUGAAAUUUGUGAUGAUGGAGUAACCUGCAUUGGGAAGGAUUUAUUUUGUGAUGGAAUCUUGGACUGCCCAGAUGGUUCAGAUGAAUCUGAAAAAAGAUGUGCUGCGAUUUGUGAUGGAAAAUUCAUGCUGACUGAUUCCUCUGGGUCUUUUCACUCUAUGAAUUAUCCAAAACCGUAUAAUGCAAAUAUUGUUUGCCAGUGGAUUAUACUAGUGCCUCAAGGGUUAUCCAUUAAGGUGAACUUCACUUCUUUUGAUACAGAACAGUUUAUGGACAAUUUAAAUAUUUUUGAAGGUAUAGGACAAAACAAGACUUUAAGAGCUUCUCUCUCAGGGUCUAAUCCUGAGACAGUUCACAUUUUUUCUCAUGAGGUUACAGCCACGUUUACAUCUGAUUAUUCUGAAAAUUGCAAUGGCUUUAAUGCAACAUACACUACUUUUAAUGCAAGUGAACUAAAAAAUUUUGAGAGAGUCAGUUGCACUUUUGAAGACGGCUUUUGUUACUGGAUACAAGAUUUAGAUGAUGAUUUAGACUGGGAAAGACAUCAGGGCCCUACCUUUCCCUUUAUGAGUGGUCCUGAUUUUGAUCAUACAUUUGGCAAUGUGUCAGGAUUCUAUAUUUCAACACCCACAGGACUUGGAGUUGAAGGAGGAAGAGUUCAAAUUCAAAGUUUGCCUUUGAUCUCUUCAGAUCCAUCUUGUCUAAGUUUUUGGUAUUACAUGUACAGUCCUAACAUUUACCGUUUAUGCGUUAGCAUAAGAAGUGAAAAUGGUCUGGAAAAGGUAAUUUUCCAGAAAGAAGGAAACUAUGGAAAAAACUGGAUUUAUGGACAAGUAACUUUAAAUGAAACAUCUGAUUUUAAGGUUAUAUUUGAUGCCUUUACAAGGAUUGCUCCAAGUGAGAUUGCCUUGGAUGAUAUUAGCCUGACAGAGGGAAAGUGUAAUGAAAGCAAUUAUGUAGAGCCAACUGCAUUUCCAAUUACCACUACUACUGCUUCAGUUCCCACUGACUGUGGGGGUCCAGUUGAACUCUGGGAGCCAAACAGUACAUUCAGCUCUGAAAACUUUCCAAACAAUUAUCCUAAUCAAGCUUCUUGUGUAUGGUACUUAAAUGCCGAAAAAGGAAAAAACAUUCAACUUCAUUUUCAGAUUUUUGAUCUGGAAAAUAUUUAUGAUGUUGUUGAAGUCAGAGAUGGCAGAGGACAAGAUUCCUUACUUUUGGCUGUCUAUACAGGAAACGACCCAUUGCCUGAUGUCUUCUCUACAACAAACCAGAUGACAGUAACUCUUUUUACGGACAAUACUUCAACAAAGAAGGGAUUUCUUGCUAACUUUACUACUGGCUACCAUCUAGGAGCUUGUGCACCUGAAGAAUAUCAGUGUCGUAGUGGAGAGUGCAUACCACUGGAUAACCUUUGUGAUAAGCUACCUCAAUGUGAAGACGGCUCUGAUGAAGAAAAAUGCAUGAGAUUGCUUAAUGGUUCUGCAAGCACUGAAGGACUGGUACAGGUCAGGAUUGGGAAGGUAUGGCACCUGGCAUGUGCAGAUGAUUGGAAUGAAAAGAUUUCAGACAGUGUGUGCCAGCAGCUGGGAUUAGGGAAUUCAAAUAUGUCAUCAACUGUAUUAUUCACUGGAGAUGGUCCAUUUGCCAACAUCACCGAAGUAGCUAAUCAGAGCCUAAUAUUUUCAAAAAAAGAACUUUGUUUAAACAACCUGGUGAUUCAUCUGCAGUGUAACAUUAAACCUUGUGGAAAACGCCUGGAAAUUGAGAACAAAGGAACAAGGAUUGUAGGUGGAAGUGAUGCCAGAAGAGAGGCUUGGCCUUGGAUUAUCUCACUUCAUUUUAAUUCCAGACCCGUUUGUGGAGCCUCCCUUGUCAAUGAGGAAUGGCUGGUGACAGCAGCACACUGCGUAUAUGGGAGACAAUUACAACCAUCUACAUGGAAAGCAGUUCUUGGCUUGUAUGACCAGUCGAAUAUGACAGACACUUUAACGGUAGUUCAAAACAUUGAUCGAAUAGUUAUAAAUCCUCAUUAUAACAAACUUACAAAAGACAGUGAUAUUGCUCUGAUGCAUCUUCAGUACAAAGUUCAAUAUACAGAUUACAUACAAUCUAUCUGCUUACCACAAAAAAAUCAACAGUUUCUACCAGGAAUUAACUGUUCCAUUGCUGGCUGGGGUGCAAUUAGAUAUGAAGGUCCCACUUCAAAUAUAUUGCAAGAAGCAGAGGUCCCUCUCAUUUUAAAUGAAAAAUGCCAGGAAUGGUUGCCAGAAUAUACUAUUACUGAGAAUAUGAUCUGUGCAGGCUAUGACAUGGGAGGAGUAGAUUCCUGUCAGGGAGAUUCAGGAGGCCCUCUGAUGUCUGAAGAUGGUAACCAAUGGGUUUUGGUAGGUGUGACAUCAUUUGGCUAUGAGUGUGCACUUGCUCAACGACCAGGAGUAUACGUUCGGGUCGCUAUGUUUGUGGACUGGAUCCAAAAAAUCAUCUACUACCUUGAUUUUCCUUAACAACAGAAAUAGAAGUUAAAACUGCAAUUAAGCCAUUGCAGAGUAAUACAGUACAGACUGGCAUUCAAAACUCAUAAUUAGGGAAUCUAAAAAAAAUAUGAUUAAAAGUCUGGUUUCAAAUUUAGGAAAGGAAAACAUUAACAACUAAAAAUUCCCUUCUUUAUCAAUUGAAAGGAAUAUUUCAAAUGAGAUAGAUUCUAUGCUUUUGUUAAUAGUUUUAGCAGUUUACUGUUUGUUUUAUAUAAGAGGUAAAUCUGCCAUCAGUCCAUGGUAUGGGAAAACAGACUAUUUGAACAUCGCUGUAUUAAAUGUGUAGUGAGGGUUUUGUAAAGUGUGGCAGGGAGGAAGGAAAGAAGGAAGGACAGAAAGAAGGAAAGAAGAAAGGGAGGGAGGGAGGAAGGAUUUUUCAAACCACAGGUGCUUUCUGAAAAAUGGUCUAAAUUGUUAAUUUUGGAAUAAAUUGUCAGAAAAAUUGUUAAUUUCAGGAUAAAUGUGAACUAUUUUUAUGAUUUUACAGUACAUUUCCCAAUGUGCAUUUUCAUUUCAAUGCACAAUCAAUUCUCAGUAACUGCCACAUAUCAAAAUGAAGGUAUGCAUUAUCUGAAACUGCAUUCAUGAGAGUUCUCUUAUCUUGCCUGUUACAAAAAGCUCUAAAAUGAAGUUUGUAGAUUGUGAAUAAUGGUUGAUCAUGUAUCAUGCUGCUUUAUAACAAGCAAGCUGAAUGGACAAUAAAAAUUAUCUCUGGUGU